UUUGCCCAUCUUCUUGGCAUAUUUCAGCUCCUCACCAAAGAUGUGAAGCAGCGGCUGGGCUGUCAAGGUGAAGGUGCAACAGAAGUGAAGAGGCACCCUUUUUUCAAAAGCAUGAAUUUCAAACGGUUAGAAGCAGGAAUGCUGGAUCCUCCCUUUGUCCCUGAUCCCAGAGCAGUAUACUGCAAGGAUGUGUUAGACAUCGAGCAAUUCUCCACAGUGAAAGGAGUAAACCUGGACCAAACAGAUGAUGAUUUCUAUUCCAAGUUUUCCACAGGAUCUGUGUCUAUUCCAUGGCAAAAUGAGAUGAUAGAGACGGAGUGUUUUAAAGAACUAAAUGUGUUUGGACCAAAUGGUACUAUUUCACCAGACCUAAAUAAAAGCUACCCCCCGGAGCCACCUAAGAAAGGACUGCUACAGAGAAUAUUUAAACGACAGCAUCAGAACAAUUCAAAGAGUUCUUCAAAUUCGAAGGCCAGUUUAAAUCACCACAUAAAUUCAAAUCACGUGAGUUCAAACUCCACUGGAAGCAGCUAGUUCUGACUCAGUUUUAUCAAACAUUGCGUCCUUCCACUAUAAUCUAUGAAGCUUCUAUGGAUGAGAGAGCAUCCACCAUUGAGUGAAAAAAAAA